GAGAGAGAGAGAGAGAGGGGGAAGAGCGGGAAAGGACUCAAGACACGAGAGAGAGAGAGAGAGAGAGAGAGGGAGAGAGAGAGAGAGAGACAGGAUGUCGAGGGUUUUCGGAGCUACCAGGGUGGCGAUGAUGGCAGUGGCCGCAAAGGGUAAGGGCAAGGCUGCAGGGGCUGCAGCGGCUGCAGGGGCUGCAGCCGCUGGUGGUGGCGCCGCCGCUUUAUCGGAGAAACCGAGGUCCACCGGCAUUUUCAAGGUGGUUCCCAUUUCCCCAGCUAUGCGCAGGUUCUUGGGCGUCCAGGAGUCGUCUCGCACCGACGCCGUGAAGAGGAUCUGGCAAUACAUCAAGGAGAACAACCUUCAGAAUCCUUCAAACAAGAGGGAGAUAAGAUGUGAUGAGAAGUUGAAGAGCAUAUUUGAGGGAAAGGAUACUGUAAAUUUCCUGGAGGUUGCUCGCCUGAUGGGCCGCCAUUUUGUCAAAACCAGCUGAAUCAGCCUUGAUGCCAAAUGUAUGCCUGCUCAUCUUGUUAUGUGUCUCCACAAUACUGUAUGUGCUGUUCUACGUGAUCAGGCAGAAUAUCUUUUGGACACUCUGUACAUGACACCUUGUUCUGGCCCUCAGGUGAUCUUGUUUUACUUAGUUCAGAUCUCAUGAAGGAAAAACAUGAAGUAGAUGUAACUGAUGAAUUUCGCUUUAAGACUGCAAAUACUCAAAUGUCGCUGCAAGAUGAAACACCUGUUUGUGCAUGCACUGACGCACAUGAAGGUUUAUGAUUUUACUUUGAUGCA